AUAAAGAAAAAAAAGAACCAUACCAAUACUCACCCCUCUUUUCCUUGUGAGUGGUAAAGUUGGUAGUGGCUAGCCUAGCCAGCUCCUGUCUGAGGGGGAGAAAGACUCGUGGGAAAUAUAAUCAUUACUGUGAAAAUCGUUUGUUUCAAAACGUGUGACUUGCAACCAUAUGCGUACGUUUUAGUUCAACUGAAUAAGAUGUCAACUCCAGCAAGACGACGUUUAAUGAGAGAUUUUAAGCGGUAUGUGUGAGGAGCAGCUUGCUAGCUCGCUUGGAUGUCUAGGCUUCAAGAGGACCCUCCUGCAGGAGUUAGUGGAGCCCCGUCGGAAAACAAUAUCAUGGUAUGGAAUGCCGUAAUUUUUGGCCCAGAGGGAACACCUUUUGAAGAUGGAACUUUCAAACUCACAAUAGAAUUCACAGAGGAAUACCCUAAUAAGCCUCCAACUGUGCGUUUUGUCUCCAAAAUGUUUCAUCCAAACGUCUACGCAGAUGGUAGUAUAUGCUUGGACAUUCUUCAGAACCGCUGGAGUCCAACUUAUGAUGUUUCUUCAAUUCUAACUUCAAUACAGUCUUUACUGGAUGAGCCGAAUCCCAACAGCCCAGCCAACAGCCAGGCUGCUCAGCUAUAUCAGGAGAACAAGCGGGAGUACGAGAAGCGGGUGUCUGCCAUCGUGGAACAGAGUUGGCGUGAUUGUUGACCCCCACAAAGUAUGAACAAUAUCCAGCCUCAAGUCAAAAAGAGAACAGAAGAAAAAUAUCUCAAAGGAAAUUAAAUGCACAUGGUUUGAAUCUUUCUCUGCAGUAUGUUUGUUUCUCUUCAUGCAUAAUGCUUCUCCUGGACAAGAGCACAUCAAAGUAAAUGUACCUUGUUAUAUCUAGGUUACUUACAAUGUAAUUUAUCCCCAUUUCUUUUUUUAUCCUGGCACAUAAAGGUACUGUGGGGGUGGGGGGGGGUUCGAGUUACUCUUGUCAUUUUAGUGUUUUAAGUCUUUGGCUUGUGUGAUUUUGCUGUAUUGAUUCAGAUAAUUGUGUAUGUCUAGAAGUUUGAAGGUUUUCGCUGUGGUUUGACUUUUGUUUCUAGCUUUCACACGGUUUCCUUUUUGGAGCUAUAGCAUGAUAGUAUUCCAACUAAGAAACAAUUUGAUGAACACCUGUCAUGGACUUUUUUUCAACCAAUGUCAAUUUUAAAACCCUACCUUUUUAUAUGCACAAACCAUGUUCUUGUUGGGGCUUUGUUUUAUGAAUUGAAUGGCUCUUUGAAUGAUAUCUCCAACAGGACUCAAGUGUUUCGGAAAGGCACAUACUUGGUGCACUUUUAAAUGCAAGUCCUGUAACACUAGUGCAAAAGCAUAUUUAUGAGGAUGAUUGACAAAUUGCCUGCUCUGAGAAUUUGUGGUAAACGUUUUCUCAUGCACAGAACUCAAUUUAUCAAGGCAAAGGUUGUCUGUACUUAAUACUCAAAUGUAAUGGUUUAGAUGCCCAAAUUACUUGGAGUUCCAUUUAUUUGUAUCAUUACGUAAUUACGAAUACCACAUGGGAAUGUUGCAGUGUCCUUAACACCAUUCAAACUGUACAUUGUCUUGUAAAUAAAAAUGAUACAUUCAA